AUGCCCCGCAACACCCACCGUUCUACUGCCUCGCAAGCUCGUAAAAGGACUCCAACUACCCUGCGCCUUCGUCUGUCCAAACCGCCUGUUCCGGAUGUUCCGGAUAAUGACGAGAAUCCAACUGAUGAUGAGAAGGAGGAUAAGGAGGAGGAGGAGGAGGAGGAGGAGGAGGAGGAGACACAGUCAGAAGAUCCUCGAUUUCUGCGAACACCUACCCCUGAGCCUGAGAUCUCAUUCAGCUAUAAUCAAUGUGAUGGUGAUGAAAUAUAUGAUGGAAGGAAUGGGAGGCAUGGGAGGACUGAAUUCAAACUUGUCAUCGAAUUCAAACUUGCCAUCAAAUUCAAACUUGCCAUCGAAUCCGAACCUGCCAUCGAAUCCGAACCUGCCAUCGAAUCCGAACCUGCCAUCGAAUCCGAACCUGCCAUCGAAUCCGAACCUGCCAUUGAAUCCGAACCUGCCAUCGAAUCCGAACCCUGCCUCCUAUUCGAAGUAGUCCAAUCCCUCAGUUUGGUGAACACGCGGAUCUGUUUAUUGAUGAGUUUCUUUCACCUGGUUGAUGACAGAGAGACCUCGAAGAGCAGAAGCUCUUUUACCUGCAAAGAGCAUUAUUCAGAAUGA